AUGGCUUCAACAUCAUUUGGUAACGAAAACUCGGGGCAUCAGGUGGGGAUUAAUAAUGGACAGAUCUAUAUCUCAUCCGACCGACAGGAAACCCCACAGCAGAGAAUAGACAACGAGGUGCUUAGGUCACUGGCAUUCCCGCAGAUGCUAGAUCGGAGAGACAAUAUCGAGCCAUGUCAUCCCAAUACCUGCCAGUGGAUUUUGGAGUUAGAAAAUUACAAGUCCUGGAAAAGCCAGUCCCGCGGUCUCCUAUGGAUUAAGGGCAAGCCAGGUGCGGGCAAAUCGACCUUGAUGUUAUUCCUGCACGAUAAACUCAAGAUACCGCAAGACGGGGAUCAUGGUAUUCGACUCGACUUUUUCUUUACCGCUCGGGGCACAGAGAUGCAACGCACACCGCUAGGGAUGCUCAGGUCGUUGCUAAAUCAAAUUUUUGACCGCGACACGACGUUUGGGUACGGUGAUCGUUUGUGGGAAUGGCCACGAGUUGUGUUAGAAGAGUUACUAGCCAAUACUAUCCUGGCAUCCGCCAGUCGGCAGCACAUAGUGAUUUUUGUUGAUGCUUUGGAUGAGGCUGGGGCUGAGUCCGCUCAACAGCUGGCAGCAUAUUUCCAUCGGCUUAUCUAUCGCGCGGAAAAAAGGGAUGUGGCCGUUCGAAUUUGUAUUUCAUGUCGACACUACCCCAUCGUGGAGAGUGCCCGCGCUAGGGAGAUAUAUGUCGAAGACCAUAACCAUGAUGAUAUCGCCACAUAUAUCAAGGGCAUCUUUCCUGACGCGGAGGUCGGAGACAGUCCGGGUCAGGAGACAGGGGAAGCGCUGGCAGAGCAAUUGAUCCAGCAAUGCAACAGGGUGUUCCAAUGGGCCCAUCUCAUAAUGCCUCUUAUCAGGCAGAAGAUUUCCGAAGGGGAAUCGUUUGAUGAUAUCCGUCACUGGUUACAUGAGGUCCCAGCCGGCCUAGAAGACGUGUAUACGUAUAUUCUGAACAAUGUGAUCGAGCGCAGGAAUCGAGCGCAGUCGUUCUUAUUAUUUCAAUGGGUAUCCUUUGCCGAGCGGCCCCUGACUGUGACAGAAAUGCGGUAUGCCUUGGCAGCUCAGAAUGCUGAAGUGACGUUUUCCCAAAAUACAUGGGAGAAGAUUGACGGGUUUGUUGAAAGCAACGAACGCAUGAAGCGAAGAAUCCAGGCCCUUUCUGGUGGACUAGCCGAAGUGGUCUUAAGCGAGAAUCAUAACGAGACAGUACAGGUAGUACACCAAUCGGUCAAUGAUUUCUUACGCGCAAAAGGACUAGGGCUUUUGUGUCACGAUAUUGGCACCAGCACGUUGCCUGUGGACAGUGAAAAGAUUAUAUAUCAAUGCCAGGCAAUCCUCUACCGAACAUGUCUGGUUUAUCUAGCCACAGUACAUAUGCCUCGGAAAAUGUUGAAUGAUCUUCAAAGGAUAGAAGAGGAGUCCCUUCAGGAGUGGCCGUUGCUUACUUACGCUACAUACAACCUAUUCAUUCAUGCGGAAAAGGCUGCCGGUUCUCGAGCGGACGUGCUACAAAAUGAACUAGAUAUACUACAGCGAGUGAUUGGUCGAUGGGUCCAGAUUUACCAGAUCCUAAAUCGCUUAAACCAGAUGUGCCCACCAAAAGGUACGACAAUCUUGCAUAUGGCUGCAGCUGCCAAUCUAGUUGAUAUUAUAGAGUCUGUGGUGUCGAACGGUGGGGAUAUCACGAACAAAGACAGAAUAGGAAAUACAGCUUUCCAUCUAGCAGCGCGCCACGGUCAUUUAACAGCGGGCAGAAUACUCGGGGAGAAGGGGGCAGACCACGAGGCAAAGAAUGACAAAGGGAUAACACCAUUAAUCGAGGCGGCCAGCUGUGGGCAUGUGAAGUUUGUCGAAUGGCUCCUGAAUGAGGGAGCGAAGGUUGAAACAAGUGCUAGAAGUGAAGGGGCAUUGCAAGCAGCUUCGUUGAGAGGUCAUCAACGUGUGGUGGUAAUAUUGCUUGGAGCCGGAGCCGAUAUGAAUGCCCAGGGUGGUGAAUAUGGCAAUGCCCUACAGGCUGCUGCAUACGGAGAACAUACGGAGAUAGUGCUGAUGUUGCUCGAUGCCCACGCCGAUGUGAAUGCCCAGGGUGGUAGAUAUGGUAAUGCCCUACAGGCCGCUGCAUACCAAGGAAGCACGGAGAUAGUCCGCAUACUGCUCAACGCUGAGGCCGAUGUGAAUGCCCUAGGUGGUCAAUAUGGCAAUGCCCUACAAGCCGCCGCUGCCUCCCCCUUCUGGGGACACACGGCGAUAGUGCAGAUAUUGCUCGAGGCCCACGCCGAUAUGAAUGCCCAGGGUGGUAGACAUGGUAAUGCCCUACAGGCCGCUGCAUACCAAGGAAGCACGGAGAAAGUCCGCAUACUACUCGACGCUCAGGCCGAUGUCAAUGCCCAGGGUGGUGAAUAUGGCAAUGCCCUACAGGCUGCUGCAUACGGAGAACAUACGGAGAUAGUGCUGAUGUUGCUCGAUGCCCACGCCGAUGUGAAUGCCCAGGGUGGUAAAUAUGGCAAUGCCCUACAGGCUGCCGCCUUCGGGGGACACACUGAGAUAUUCCGCAUACUGCUCAACGCUGAGGCCGAUGUGAAUGCCCUAGGUGGUCAAUAUGGCAAUGCCCUACAAGCCGCCGCUGCCUCCCCCUUCCGGGGACACACGGCGAUAGUGCAGAUAUUGCUCGAGGCCCACGCCGAUAUGAAUGCCCAGGGUGGUAGACAUGGUAAUGCCCUACAGGCCGCUGCAUACCAAGGAAGCACGGAGAAAGUCCGCAUACUACUCGACGCUCAGGCCGAUGUCAAUGCCCAGGGUGGUGAAUAUGGUAAUGCCCUACAGGCUGCUGCAUACGGAGAACAUACGGAGAUAGUGCUGAUGUUGCUCGAUGCCCACGCCGAUGUGAAUGCCAAGGGUGGUAGAUAUGGUAAUGCCCUACAGGCCGCUGCAUACCAAGGAAGCACGGAGAAAGUCCGCAUACUGCUCGACGCUCAUGCCGAUGUGAAUACCCAGGGUGGUCAAUAUGGUAAUGCCCUACAAGCCGCCGCUGCCUCCUUCUGGGGACGCACGGAAAUAGUGCAGAUGCUGUUAGAUGCGCGUGCAGAUAUCAAUGCCCCGGGUGGUAGAUAUGGAUCACCCCUUCUGGCGGCUGUUUAUCUGGGCCAUGCUAAUCGAGUUCAGAUGCUUCUUCACGCUGGCGCAGAUGCGUUGCUUGCAGAUGAACUCGACCAGACUCCUCUUCAUAUUGCGGCCUUGAAAGAUAAGAUUGACCUUCUGAAUCGAUUCCCGCUGCUCGCCUCGGCUAUCAGCAACCGGGAUAAGUUUUUACGAACCCCGCUUCACGUGGCUAUUUGUCUUGGUCACAUUGAAUUUGCUAAAAAGCUCCUCCACCUUGGUGCCAAUCCUUCUCUUCUAGAUGGUUAUGGUAGAAAUAUCCUGGACUGGGUAGUAGGAAACGAAAGCCUGAUGCGCCAAAUUCAAAACCACAGCCCUGCGAUUGUCGUGACCCCCGAUGAUACUCAAGAAUUGACUGCUGAACUCUCCAUGGCCACUUGUGCAACAAUUAGGUCGCUAUUUCUUGUUUCUCGAUGA